CAAACAUCUUGUUCACCAGCUUCUUCUUCUUCCUCUGCUUUUCUACAUCAUUUCGAGACAGUAUCUUUUAUGCCUGAAAACUCCAGUCAAAGACAUAACACAACGCUGUCGCAUCAUGUCUACCGCACCACCAUCGCCGCAACAUGGUGAGGGCUUCUCCGCCAUGAUUCGAGCUGAGAUCAAGCCAGGCAGAAUGGAUGAGUUUUUAUCCCUGUUUUACGCUGGCACGGAGAAGUUGUCCCAAGAACCCGAAUGUCUGUCAUUCGAGGUCUUUCGCUCCAAGAGCGAACCCAACAAACUGAUGUGGAUAGAGAGCUGGUCCAAGGGCAUGGAAUGGUUCAUGGAACACCAGAUGAGCAAGGAUUAUAUGAAGGAGUUGCACCAGGCGACAAAGGAUCUAUGUGCUGGGGAGCAGCAGGUCGAAAUAUAUGAGCGGUUUGGGGGUCCCUGGGCUAAGGCCCGGGAGGCCAUGUAUGAGCAGUUUCCAUCGGCCUGAAGGUGGUUUCGACCCAGGAUAUUUUGCCUACGCUUGUUUAGGACGGAAGUGCAGCGGGAGAUGAAUGUGAUCAAUCAUGGGCAGGGCGCCGGAUGAAUGAAGAAAGUAGCAUGCAGUCGUAUUAGGAAGACAUGUUGCUUGGCAAAAUACAUGUGCAGUAUAUAUCUUUCUUUGGCGUAUACAACACAAC